GUGGGCGUGCCUUCUUGCUACAUAUGUGUGACUAAGCUUUCCAAAUCAGUUAUUGUCUGCUCACAUCCAGCAUCGGUCCACGUGGGUACUUCUUCGUUAUAUAAUUACACAGGACAACAUCUUCAGAUCUAAUGUCUUACACUAAACUAGCUCCAGCCCUGAGAGCGGGUUCCGAUAUCUGCUUGACCCGAGCAGUAGUCUCCUGCAGGCUCCGGUCCACGGUCGCGUCUCCACGAACCAAACCGAGCUCUGAGAGUCAGGAACAGCAGGUUGAUGCAACCUGCUCGGUGUUGAAGAAGGCGGAAGCCCAGGUAGAUCACAUCUCCCAUACAGAAAAUGCCUGGUCCAAGUCUAAAGUGUUUAUCGACUUCGAAAAUACCAAGGAAGCGUACAAGAGCAAAGAGACGUCGGAGCUAUUGAGAAGUUUGCUGGUUUUUAGGCUCUGCACUUUUGACUUCCUGGUUGACAAAAACAAGGAGCUGAUAAACCUGAGCAGAAAAGUCCUGGGGAAGAGGCUCUUUGAGCAGCUGAUGAAGAUGACCUUUUACGGGCAGUUUGUGGCCGGAGAGGACCAGGAAGCCAUCAAGCCCCUGGUCAGGAGGAACCGUGCGUUCGGGGUGGGCUCUGUGCUGGACUACGGGGUGGAGGAGGACCUGACACAGGAGGAGGCUGAGAAGAAGGAGAUGGAGUCGUGUGUCUCUGAGGCUGAAAAAGAAAGCCAUGGGGUGGAUCACAGAGAGAAGAAGUACAAGGCUCAUCGGCGGUUUGGCGACCGGCGCGGGGGGGUUAUAAGCGCCCGCACGUAUUUCUACGCAGACGAGGCCAAGUGUGACCAACACAUGGAGACCUUCCUCAAGUGCAUCGAAGCCUCGGGUGGAAGUUCAGAAGAUGGCUUUUCUGCUAUUAAGCUGACUGCUUUGGGGAGGCCACAGUUCUUGCUCCAGUUUUCCGAGGUGUUGGUGAAAUGGAGGCGGGUCUUUCAUCUGUUGGCAGCAGACCAGGGGAAAGCAGGGCUUUCAGCUCUAGACAUCAAGCUGGAGAUGAAGCAGCUGCAGGAGAGUCUUGCAAAACUUGGACUGGGAGCUAAAGAUGAGACACAGAACUGGUUUACUGGAGAGGAUCUGGGCAUGUCUGGCACUGUAGAUCUGUUGGAUUGGAACAGCCUGAUUGACAGCAGGACCAAGAUCUCCAACCUGCUGGUCGUCCCAAACCUGGAGACUGGUCAGCUGGAGCCCCUGCUAAGCAAGUUCACUGACGAGGAGGAGAUGCAGAUGAAGAGGAUGCUGCAGAGAAUGGACGUCCUCGCUAAGAAAGCUUUACAGCACGGCGUGCGUCUGAUGGUGGACGCAGAGCAGACCUAUUUCCAGCCGGCCAUCAGCAGACUGACCCUGGAGAUGCAGCGGAAAUUCAACAAAGAGAAACCCAUCAUCUUCAACACCUACCAGUGCUACCUCAGAGAGGCCUAUGACAACGUGUCGCUGGAUGUGGAGCUGUCUCGCCGCGAGGGCUGGUACUUCGGUGCCAAGUUGGUACGAGGUGCCUACAUGGACCAGGAGAGGAGCAGAGCGGCAGAGAUUGGCUACGCGGAUCCCAUUAACCCAGACUACGAGGCGACCAACCAAAUGUACCACAGGUGCUUGGAUUACGUUCUCGAAGAGAUUAAGCACCAUAGGAAGGCCAAUGUGAUGGUGGCGUCGCACAAUGAAAACACUGUCAAGUUCACUCUGCAGAGGAUGAAUGAAUUCGGGAUCCACCCGUCGGAAAACAAGGUCUACUUUGGCCAGCUGUUGGGAAUGUGCGAUCAGAUCAGCUUCCCUCUGGGCCAGGCUGGAUAUCCGGUGUACAAGUACGUGCCGUACGGCCCGGUGAACGAGGUCCUGCCCUACUUGUCGAGACGAGCCCAGGAGAACCGAGGCAUCAUGAAGGGGUCCCAGCGGGAGAGGCUGCUGCUCUGGACUGAGCUCCAGCGCCGGCUGCUGAGCGGAGAGAUCUUCUACAAGCCUGUCUACUGAGGAGAGCACUGGGGGAAAAGAGCACUGCUGAUCAUUCCUUUCCUUGUAAACUUGCCAGCUCUUAGUUUCCUCCAAGAGUCCCGGAUCAUUGUAAUACGGAACCGGAGCCAAGUCUGUUCGUUCCGGGUAAUUCCGGUACAGGUUUUUGUUUUGACCAGGUUCUUCGCAGUUAUAAGGAUGAUUUAUUUAUUUAAUAAUUAAAUCUAUAUUAAUUGACAGUUGUUGAUAUUUGUAUAGGGAUAGGAAUAGUUGUGUAGUCUGUUAUGCCAGAUGUUUUAAUUACCACUGACUGAAAAUGGCCAGGAUUGGCUUUAUGUACACUGGAAAGAUGUGGAACAAAACCCUGAGUGGCGUUGCCCACAGUAACCAGAUUUAGGCUGGUGCAAUAGUAAUAGUCAAGGAUUCAGACUUGAUUUGAAGAGCUCUUGAUACAUUUUAAGGAAACCACUUGUUCGAUCCCUCUCAGUAUUUUAAUGAAACUCAUUUCCUGCACGUUUGCUCAGCGAUUGGACAAGCCAACAUGGAUCAGCACUCUCAUACACAGGCAUGCUUAGAAACCCCUGUUCAAUUAUCACAGAACAGAUGGUUGCUAAAAAAAACAGAAUGGAGAGGUGGCGCCAAAUGCUUUUAAGGUGUCCGGGACAGACCUGUUAAGCAAAUCUUUGCUGUCCAUUAACUGAGAGCUUAGUGUGCAGAAGGCUCCUUCUCCUUGGUAACAUACACAUGAAGCCUACCCUCUUUCUUGAUGACCAAACUAGCCUAUAUAAGUAUAUAAGAUAAAGCCAGCAUAUUGGUUUUAGAUAAUGUGUGACUGCAAAGGAUUGGUAUUGAUAAAGAGGGAACAUUACAUUGCAAUGUAACUUAGCUCGGAAACCCUGCAGUUUCACUGCGAAUCCACAGAGCAGAGGAUGAAGGAGGGAUCAUUAUAACCAGUAAAGCUGUACUGGGAAAUGAGUUUCUUUAGAUCCCACACUCCAAACAGGCUGUUUAUUGGAACUAAUAUCAGCCUAUUUUCAUUAAUUGGUAGAUAUCCUGUGUGAUCAAUGACUGGCCGCCCCAUUGUAGUUUAAAUGUAUGUACCCUUGCAGGCAAGAGCCAUGUCCGACGCUUCUUGGAGGAAACAAAAUGCUGUCCUGUUGUAUUGCUUUUAAAAAUGUGAUGUGUUGUCUUUUUUUUUUUUAAACGGAGAUAAAAAUCUAUUUAAAAUGAACAGUAUAAAAUGCUUCGUAUUGCCCCUGUAGGCCAGGGCAUGAUGUUCAGUAUACUGUAGUGAUCACUACCUACUAGGGGAGAGGAUUAGAAACCUGCUGUUCUGCUCCAGAGCUAUAUAACCCUUUGGAUUUCUUGGGUGUUUUCGAGCAGUAAUGUUAAUGUAGCUGACGUUGUUGUUUAGAAGCUCCCUUUGGUUUUAAACAGUGGGCUGUAGGAGUUGUAGCCCUGGGGAUCCUCUUGAAUGUUAUUGUCUUGACGUGGCACUGUUUAAGUGAUAACUAUCGAGGAGAUAACAGGCUUCUGAGUGAAUGAAAAACAAAAGGUUCAGGGUGUGCCACCAGCGAGGGAGGCUGUAGUCUCCAAGUACCCUGCAUGCACCCAGCAGCUGUAGCUGUUAUAUGGCAAGCGAUUUGCUCUCUCCCUGUUUUAAGAUCCUGGUUGAAAAGUGCUGCUUUUGCUCUGAGUCUGACUGGGUUGCUACAGUUGCUACGGGUCCUUUAGGAAGCGUGUUUAUCCUAACUGUACUGUAUUAUCACAGGAUAACGGGAUUUUGGAAUCCAAGUGGAAGUGAUUGACAGAAUCCUCUUGUUAUGUAAUCUUGGGUGUUCCACAGCUACCUGCACUGUCUCGAUGUGUCUUUUAACUCCUAGCCUCGGUGUUAACCUGCUGUGCUUAGCUCUGCUUCCACGUUGUGCAGAUGCAAGCUGCUUUUGUAAAUAAUCAAACUGCGUUAAUGGUGUUUGUUUUAAGUAAAGGCCGACUUUGGCAACCAAUAUGCCAGAGAAAGCACUUUCCAUUGGCAAAACACGGCCAUCAGAUCGCGUGUGUUCAGUUUAACGCUUCGUUUAAGCCCGAGUGGCAGCUUCUAAAGUGGUUAUAUUUCAGAGUGAAGUGUGAAGCAGCAGUUUUCUGUUUACUGUUCAGCCCGAGCGACAAUUCAUUAAUUAGCAGCCUUUUAGUUGUGCGUCUACACAGUUCCUGUUCUCCUGUUAAUCCAAUAAGUAAUAUGUUUUGGAAAGCCAGUCACAAGAGCAGUUCUCUCUCCAUGCCAAUCCGAUUCCCAACCCCUCGUUUAAUUCUCAAAGGUGGGGUUUGUGCCAGAUUGGAUGGUGGUGGUGGUUUACAUGAAACCGUUUCUGGGCAUGGAGCAGAUUUUAAAUACAAAUCACUCGUUUGUUUUAAAAGGGAAUUGGUGGUGAAGAUUUGAUGGGGUGAAUUCUCGUGUUAGAAGUGGGAAGGAUAUUUAAAUGCUAAGAGAUGUAUUUUGGUCAGAGCAUGAUAAAUGAAAGUGGGAGUGUUUGGGGAAGCUCCAUCAAGGAGUUUGAGAAGUCAACCUGGAUGGAUUAUUGACAUGGUUAAAUGUGUAUUUUUGCAAGGUUAAUACAUUUCAAGUACUGUACUAUUGUUACACGUGGUGGACUGUGAUAUAAAAACAGUAUAUUGUUCAGGGUUCAUAGCUCUUGUCAUUGAGACACAUUCUUAUAAAUGUUUUAGACCCAAAAAUCAAGUUUCUGUAAUUAAUCCUGGGGUGCAUAUUGUAUCAGAUUGUUUUAUUCAGUACUGAUAGCAGAAGGACGUGCUCCCUUUUAACUUCCCUUAUAUUUUUUAUAUUUAGUGAUAUUAUAACCCCUCCCUGGUGAUUUAUGGUGCAGUGGAUGAAUUGCCUGUUAACUAUCAUAGGGGCUGUUUUUCCAAUCUUAAACACAAAUGUCUUGUUGCUGAUUAUGAUUAAUUAAAAAAAAUACAGACUCAUUUUAAUGGAACCCUACUGUAUAUUUAUAUAUACUGUUCUUGUGAAAGGAAGGCAUCCACGUCCAACUCCAGUAUACCUUGUCGUUGUAUCAAGCAGCGAUCAUUAAGCAGUAUUGAGCACACCAUUAUUCUCUUUGUAUUCUAGAUGUCAAGGGAAAGGAAUCUGUCUGCUCCUAACCUGCCUGUAGCUAUAACGUCUGUUAGUAAUGACCAUCUUGUGUGGAAAACUAACUGCAUGUUGAGUUUUAAGUUAAAAUAAAAAAAUGAAUAAACUCUGUUGACUAUA